AGAUCUACCAAGGUCAAUUGGUCUUGGUCUUUUCCUGGUUACUGUACUCUAUAUGCUCACUAAUGUUGCCUAUCUGGCAGUUCUCAGUCCUGACGAAAUGCUGGAGGUCGCAGUUGGUUCGUCUGCAGUAGCUGUGGUCUUUGCACAACGUGCGAUGCCCUGGUUGACAGCCAUCAUGCCUCUCUUUGUCGGAGCUUCUGUCUUCGGUAGUAUAAAUGGUGAAACAAUGGGUGUGUCUAGAAUGACAUAUACCGGCGCCCGAGAGGGUCAUAUGUCUGCUCUUCUGGCUAUGUUGCAUUACCAUAACCUCACACCCAUUCCUGCUAUUCUCGUUUUGCUGGUUCUAGCCGUUGCAUUCCAAUUCUACAGUAAUCUCUACGCUCUUAUUGAAUUGGCAGGUUUAGCAUUCGCUUUUAUCGCAGCACUGGCCGUCUGUUCUCUAAUCUACUUCCGAUUCAAGCAUCCAGAAUUGCCAAUUUUCUUCCCAAUCCUCUUUCUGGUCUGUGAUAUGUUCAUUCUCUGUUUAACAGUUUAUCAACUGCCCUACGAAACUUUCUACAAUAUUAUCAUCAUGUUGGCUGCCAUUCCACUUUACCUCUGUGGAGUUUCUUGGCAGAAUAAACCCAAGGGCUUUCAGAAUGCCAUCUGUAAAAUUUGGACUAAUCGAUGCGUAUGA